CGACUUCUGGAUCAUCAAGAGACAUUUUCGAGAAGUUGAAUCAAUGGUCGAGUUUAAGCAUUUAGAAAAAGUUCUGAAAACUUUCUUUUGAUAAAAUCAGAUUUUUGAGACACUUUUGUUUUUUUGUGAAAAUACUUUUGAGUAGGGAGUAAAACUUUUAAAGCAACAACUAUCCUAACACGUUCGAGAGUUAUUAGUCCAAAGUGUUGUUAAACUAAUUCUCUUUUUCAGUAUCGUUAUUAGUCUUCCAUUAUGGCAUAUUUUUUGGUUCCUACUUUUUAAAGCUUUUGUAUUUACCUCAACGCCACAUCACUUUUUCCCCCUCUCAUACCAUUUCCUUUUUCUCACCUAAGAAAAUCCUAAUUUAUUGCUUCUUCUCUUUAUUUUUCAUUUAUAAAAUAAUACUCCCUCCGUUCCAUUUUACGUGUUAUUCUUUUACUUGGCAGGGUAUUUAAGAAAAGAAAAAAAAAAUAUUCGAAAGUGUCAUAUGGAAUGACAGGGAGGAAGUACUAAAAAGGAAAUAUUCGAAAAGUGACGUUGAACAUUGGAGACCUCCACUUGUGCAUGCUGAAAGGCAUCUGGAUUUGGAUUGCUGUGGAGGUUGACUUCAUGACUUUUAACAACUAAAAACAGAACUCUUGCUUUAUCAUUAAACCAUAAUUCUGGAGAAAACCUGUUCUAAAAGAUACUUGGACUGAGAAAAAUUGGAAUGGCAAAUCAAAAGUGCAUAGUGGAAGAAAAGAAUGAAGAGGAAGGAUGAGUGUUUAGUUUCUUCUCUUGCAAAAAUGCCAUCCCAUUCUUGACGGACGUCCACGUAGAGUCUGCACCAAGGAAGAUGAAGAACGAAUGUAGGAUUUGCCAUGAUGGCGAUGAUGAUUCUAACAUGGAGGUACCCUGUUCUUGCCGCGGAACCCUCAAGUAUGCACAUCGCAAAUGUGUACAGAGGUGGUGCAAUGAGAAGGGGGACACCAUCUGUGAAAUAUGCUGCCAGGAUUUUAACCCAGAUUAUACAGCACCAGCUCCUCUAUUUGGCAGAUUUACAAUGAACACGAGAGGAAACUGGGAUAUUUCCAUGGGUGGGGUCGACUAUCCUCAUUUUGCUGCAUUGGUCUCUGCAGAUCACAAUUUUCUUGCUUAUGAAUCUGAUGAGUAUGCAGCAUUUUACCCAAGAAGUUUGAUAUUCUGCCGUGUUGUUGCCAUAACUUUUGUGCUUCUUCUGAUGUUGCGUACAAUGCUGCCAAUAAUCGUCGGUGUUGCUGGAGAUAACUCGGUAAUAUUGGUCAUGUUAUUAGUGUUGAAAGCUAUUGGAAUCCUACUGGCAGUCUAUGUUGUGGUGAAAACUUUUAUUGCUGUACGACAUCGGAGGCAUCAGCAGGGUCUUCAUCACUCACAGGAAGAAAACGAGCUGCCAUUACAACAGCUUCAGCACUCUCAAAUUGUUCCAUUGAAUGACGAGAAUGGAAUACCACUACAGCCACCUCAGACACAUCUUAUACAUGUCCGAUGAAUCCUUAAAAUACAAUUUAUCUCAACACCAGUGGGAAGUUUGGCACUGCAACUGGUGAUCCUCCGUAAACAUCAUCAGCUCGCUGCUCCAUAAUUGAGUAUUCUUCUGUUGAGAUUCGGCCAUAAGAUGGUCAUGCAGAUUGAUUGUUGGCAGACAAAUAAAGCAAAGCUGCAAAAAGAAGUCAAAUGAUUUCGCAUAACAGUGUUUGUCUUUUAGACAUUUCUAUCUUGCUUUAAGUAUCUUAUACUCCAUACUAACUCAGAUUCACAGUAAUAAUACUGGAAAAGAUGCUUGCA